UUGAUAAUCCAGAGCGCCACACUACAACCCUACCUGGAAGCAGUUCGUCAUACCCUUCAGGCGGCACUCUGUCUUGAACAGUUCAGUUCACAAGUGGUGGAAAGGCACAUGAAACCUGAGAUUGAAGUACUUUCAUCGAAGGAGCUCUUAAUGACACCAGUUGUUGUGGCACGCAAUAAACAGGAGCGAGUUCUUAUUGAACCUUCUAUAAAUUCCGUAAGAGUUUCUAUCUCAAUAAAGCAGUCAGAUGAAAUUGAGCGUAUUUUAUGUCACAAGUUCACACGAUUCAUGUGUCAAAGAGCAGAUAAUUUCUUUAUUCUCAGGCGUAAACCUAUGCCAGGGUAUGAUAUAUCCUUUUUAAUCACUGCUUCACAUACGGAGACCAUGUAUAAGCACAAAUUGGUCGACUUUUUGUUACACUUUAUGCAAGAAAUUGACAAGGAAAUCAGUGAUAUGAAGUUAGCGUUGAAUGCCAGAGCUCGUGUAUCCGCAGAAGAAUUUCUGAAACGUUUCAAUUAG